AUCCUCUAUAUACAGAUGGCGUUCCUUUUGCCAAUGACAAUAAACAAAAUCUCACCUGUACACCUGGCCCCAAUUUUUGAGAUGGACAGCAUAACGGAGCGAAACUGGGGAGGGCAUGUUUUGACCUUUAUCGUCAAGGGCAUAACCGACUACAAGGAGAAAAAGAAGAAGGCAAUUGAUGGCUGCCUCUUUGCCUUGGUGAUAAUAUACUUUCAUCUUUCUAAAAAUAAAGGCAAGAAGAGGGCUGAAAGACCACCAAAACCCUGGAUUGCCAACUGGAGUAAGGAGCAGUUGGUCGAAAGAAUGAAUGCAGAAACAGAGGAAAUUUUGGGGAUUGUAAAGAUGGCACAAACAAGAGAGAAAAUGAAAAAAAUAGAGAAAACAGAAAAAAACAACAAAUCAAAAAAACAAAAAAAAAAUGAAGGCAAGUUCAACAUCGUCUUCGGAGGAAGAAACAACUGAUAGUGACAGUUCUACCUCUGAGUCUGAGACUCAAGAAGACUCGGAGGAUUCAGCAAGAAAACAA